AUGUCUCAAUGGAACAGCUCAUACGUAUACGACAACCAAUAUCAGGGUACCGACUCAUGGAACGGAGAUCUGAACAGUCAGUAUGUAAACCAAGCCUAUUACCCCAACCAACAAUAUGAACAAAGUAACCAGCAAUAUGAACAAAGCAACCAACAAUAUGAACCAAGUAACCAACAAUAUGUUAGUUUCAAUGAGUUCUUAUCUCAAAUGCAAAGUAAUGGCAUUCCUUCUACUAGUUCUAAUGGUUAUAAUAGCGCACAGUACCAAAACUACAGUCAACAUGAUUACCAAAAUAUGCCUACAACCUCACAGAAUACACAGGUAGAUAAUUAUUAUAAAACAAAUCCUUCCAAUUCUUCAAAUGGUGCUCAAUCAUCUACUCAUAAUAAGUUGGAAAGCAAAGUAUAUAAUGGAAGUAACUCGAAUACUUACACAAAUGAUAUAAUUCUGAAAUCAAACUUAACACCUACUGCCAAUGAAUUUGUGCCAAAGGGCUCUGGAAGCAAGCCAUCUACUAGCAACAAAAACAAUCCAGAAACUUUAAAAUCUAAUAAUGGUGCUAGUAAUAAUGUAACUGAACAAAAAGCACAAAGUAGCAGAGGGAGUUCUUCAGAUACAAAUUGGAGAGAAAGGCCUCAAGCACUUCAACAGAAUGGAGAGUCUAGUUAUAAAAAUGAAAACAGUAGUCGCUCACAUGAUAAUUAUAAAUAUACUGAUAGUAAUAGUAGACGAAGAGACUCUAAAAACCGUUACCAAGAGUCUAAUAACUAUGAUUCUAAUAGUAGGAAUAACAGGAAUCAAUCAAAAGCUAAAUCUAAAAACAGGGAUGGGGAUGCUCGAACAUUUUAUAAUAGUGCAGUGGACAAAAACAACCAUGAAUAUAGAAAUAGUAGAGGGGAAACCUCUAAUAGAAACCGCAACUGGGCUGGAAGUCAGAGAGUAAGGGCUUCGGAACGAGAUGUUGUUGAGGAUGAGCAGUAUGCAAGCAGUUAUUUAAAUUAUAGAGAUGAAAAGGUAGACAAAGUUGCUAGACAAGAUAAAGUAUCCAGUCCAAAACCAAGAGGCAAACAAACAGAAAAUGUAUACACAGAGAUGACCCAACGUGAAAGACUGAGCGAACAAUUAGAUAAAGGCACCUUAGAGUGUUUGGUUUGUUGUGAGCGGGUGAAGCAGAUAGAUCCUGUGUGGUCUUGUAGCAACUGCUAUCAUGUGUUGCAUCUACGUUGUAUUAGAAAAUGGGCCAUGAGCAGUGUCGUUGAAGGAAAAUGGCGCUGCCCCGCUUGUCAAAACACCAGUGAAGAGAUUCCCAUGGAUUACCGCUGUAUGUGUGGAUACGUGCGGUCUCCAGAGUACCAGCGUGGUAAUAGUGGCGCGCACACUUGCGGCAAGGCAUGUCGACGACCACGUACAUGCCCGCACCCAUGCACGCUGCUGUGUCAUCCUGGACCCUGCCCGCCCUGCCAGGCAACCAUCACCAAACAUUGCGGUUGCGGUGCUGAGAGUCGCUCAGUGAUGUGCAGCAGCAAACUGCCUCAAGUUUGCGGUCGCGUCUGUAAUCGAUUGCUGGAUUGCGGCGUGCAUACUUGUCAGAAGGAGUGCCACGAGGGUACCUGUGAAGAUUGUACAGAGAAUGUUACCCAAGUAUGCUACUGUCCCGCGGCGCAGAGUCGUUCAGUGCCUUGCACCCGUGAAACUGGCCUUGAUAAACAGUGGUCUUGCGGCGAGGCCUGCUCCCGCGUGCUCUCGUGCGGCCACCACGUGUGCCGGUCCACGUGCCAUCCGCCGCCGUGUCCACCGUGCCAGAUGCUGCCGAACCUCGUGCCCACGUGCCCCUGCGGGAAAACAAAAUUACCAGAAGGAUCUCGCAAGGCGUGCACAGAUCCGAUACCACUAUGUGGCAACAUCUGUGCCAAGCCACUGCCGUGUGGCCCGCCAGGUGACAGGCACUUCUGCAAGCAAGACUGUCAUGAAGGCGCAUGUCCAGUGUGCCCUGAUAAAACGCUAGUGCAGUGCCGUUGCGGACAUUCCAGUCGCGAGGUGCCUUGCUCAGAAUUACCGCAAACAUACAACAACAUCUUCUGUCAGAAGAAGUGUAAUAAGAAACUGUCGUGCGGCCGUCACCGCUGCCGCACGUCGUGCUGCGCGGCGUCGUCGCAUCGCUGCGCGGUGGUGUGCGGGCGCACGCUCUCGUGUCAGACGCAUCGCUGCGAGGAGUUCUGUCACACCGGACACUGUGCGCCGUGCCCCAGACUAGGUUUCGUGGAGGUCCGUUGCGCGUGCGGAGAGCAAGCCCUCCUGCCGCCGGUGCCGUGCGGCGCGCGACCGCCCGCGUGCUCGGCCGACUGCCGAGUGAGGCGCCCCUGCCGCCACCCGCCCCACCACGCCUGCCAUCAGGGCGACUGCCCGCCCUGCGUGGUACUCACCACAAAGCGGUGCCACGGCGGACACGAGGAACGAAAGACGAUCCCGUGUUCCCAAGAUGAAUUUUCAUGCGGUCUACCGUGCGGCAAACCGUUGCCUUGCGGUAAACACACUUGUAUCAAGACAUGCCACAAAGGGCCCUGCGAUACGGGAAAAUGCACCCAGCCGUGUGUGGAGAAGCGUCCCAGCUGCGGGCACCCGUGCUCGGCGCCGUGCCACUCGUCCAGCGGCGCCGCGUGCCCGUCCGCGGCCGCGUGCCGGCGGCCCGUGCGCGCCACCUGCCCCUGCGGCCGCCGCGCGCUUGACCGCCCCUGCCAGGACAACGCGAGGGACCUAGCCAAAAUAAUAAGCGCCAUAGCUGCAACAAAGAUACAAGAGAAUGGCACUGUUGAUUUAUCAGAGGUACAACGUCCAGUUAACAUGUUGAAAACGCUGGAAUGCGAUGACGAAUGUAGAGUGGAGCAACGCACCCGACAAAUGGCACUGGCUCUUCAGAUCCGCAACCCCGACGUGUCGUCAAAGUUAGCGCCCCGUUACAGCGACGGGUUACGUGCGACCGCCACUAAGGAACCCGCCUUCGCGCAACAAGUGCACGACAAACUCACCGAGCUCGUGCAUCUAGCGAAAAAGUCUAAACAGAAGACCCGUUCGCACUCGUUCCCGUCAAUGAACUGGCAGAAGCGUCAGUUCAUACACGAGCUGUGCGAACACUUCGGAUGCGAGAGUGUCGCCUACGACGCGGAACCGAACCGAAACGUCGUCGCCACCGCUGACAGGGAAAAGUCGUGGUUGCCGGCCAUGAGUAUACUGGAGGUGGUCUCGCGCGAGGCGGGCAAGCGUCGCGUGCCGGGCCCAGUGCUGCGGCCGCCCGCAGCCAACGCGCCCGCCUCCUCCGCUGCCGCCACGACCACUACCAAAUCUGGUUGGGCUACGUUGACUUCAACGAACGCGUGGGCCGCCCGUCAAUCAGCGCCCGCCACCGCUUCCGUCACCGCGUCCGCUUCCGCGCCCGCCUCUACACACCCACCCGUGGAGAAAAUCGACUACUUCGACAACCCUCCUGACAACUAG